UUUAAAACCCGGGUUAACUCUUAACGAUGAAUCGGUGUAGAAGAAACAGUUGUUUUUAUAUACUUGCCUCUCACCUAAAACCCCCUUCACUUUUCCUCCUGCUCCUCAUCCAAAUUGAAAUCAUCAGUCAUUUUCUUCGAUUAAUUUUGGUGGAAAAGAUGAAGAAGGGUUCUAAGGAUCUAGCUUUAACAUUUGCUGACAAGUGCAAGAAUAUAAUGGCUUCGAAUUGGCGAGGUUAUUUAAACACUGUAAAAGCAGAUGCAAAAGGAAGUAAAGAAGAUAUUCAUACAUCAAGGAUUAUGUAUUUUCUCAAGAGAGGAAAACCUUACCUCUGUGUACCACAAGAUGACUUGCAUAAUCUGAAUGUUGUUAUUGACGAGCGUGGUUCAAUGGCGGUGGCUAAUCCAUACCCUGGUCCGCUUGCAAAUGUGCUAAAGUCUAUAGGAAAGUUACCUACCAGGGUUGCUUUGACUGGUGACGUUCUGUCUCUUGAGGAAGAAAAGAUGCGGCAUGUUAAAGAGAUUUUAAGAGAAACAAUUGAGUUAGAAAAGAAGGCAUUUAGUGCAGCUAGUUAUGCAGUUACUGAAUUAUUGAGUUCUUCCCGUAUCAGUUCUGUAUCACGAACUGAAAAUCUUAGGGAUGUGUUGAGUGCAGGUGAAAAUGCAUACGUGGUUUAUAAGUUCGAUAUUAGAUCAUGCAGCUAUAUUGACAGCGCUGGAACCGACCAUGAAGUUGAUUUGGAAGAGCUGGAACUUAGUAAGACAGAUCCAUUGUCAAUGUUUUCUGAAAAGCUAAUAGAUGGGAUCAAUCAAAAUCGGGCAAGACGUAGUGCAUUGAUGCUCUUCUUUUUUGAAUACUUGGAAAUCAAUGCAGCAGAUGCUUACAUGAUAUCUGCGGAUCGAAAGGGAUUUGAUGUGCUUGCUAAGAUUCCUAGUGACACAACCGAACAUGAUCUCGAUGUAUACACUUGGAAGGAGUGCAGAAUUGAUUUCAAGGAAGAAGCAUCUGAUGUUGGAACGUUCUGCCGCCUACUGGUUGAAAUGGAAUCAGAGGCACUUCAAAACUUGCGUUCACGGUUGCAGUAUUCCUAAAGAAAUUUGUGCUACCAGCAUCCUAACCUUCUAUAGCUUAUCUGAGUCCUCUCUCAUCUAAUUUACUGUAAUGUAAAUUUUGCUUUUGCCUUACCAGUUUUGGAUACAAGGAUGUUAAUAGUUUUCUGUAAUGGCCAAUUUUAAUGAAACAGCGGUAUUUACA